AUGGAACUAAAGGCUCUUUAUCUUCUACCUCUACUAGUCAUCCUCCAAAACAGCCAGGCCACUCAAGGGGCUUGUAACAGUGGUCAGUUCCAAUGCAACAAUGGACAAUGCAUCAACAGUGAGUGGAGAUGUGACGGGACAAAAGACUGCACAGAUGACUCCGAUGAGCUGAACUGCCCUCCUCCAGCCUGCACCUCCCAGGAGUUCAAAUGUGUGACCAGCGGAGAGUGCAUCUCAAUAGGAUUCGUCUGUGAUGGAGAAGUAGACUGUUCUGAUGGCUCUGAUGAACAAAGAACAUGUGGUGGGCGCACGUGCAGCCCUGAACAGUUCACGUGCCGAGAGGGCCAGUGUGUUCCCGCCAAAUACAGGUGCGACCGCGUCAAAGACUGUGUGGACAACUCAGACGAGAACAACUGCAACUACCCCCGCUGCACAGAGAAGACCUGUGCUAAUGGCGCCUGCUACAACAACUCCCAGCACUGCAAUGGGCUCCAGGACUGCAGGGACGGCUCCGACGAGACCAACUGCUCUAGCACGCACUGCCCCAUCCACCAGUAUGAAUGUGCAAACGGCUACUGCAUCCCUCUGUCCUUCGUAUGUGACCACUGGGAUGACUGCGGGGAUAAUAGCGAUGAACAGGGCUGUGUGUAUGAAAGCUGCAGCGGGAAUCAGUUCACGUGCACCAGUGGCCGAUGUAUCCCCCAGCGCUGGGUUUGUGACCACUUCAACGACUGCGGAGACUAUAGCGAUGAGAAAGGCUGUGACAGUAAUUCGAGGGACUGUUACCCGGGAGAGUGGGGAUGUCCAGGGUCUACUGUAUGUAUUCCUGUGGGCAAAGUGUGUGACGAAAAACCAGAUUGUCCUGGAGGAACUGAUGAGAGCAACUCAACAGCCGGUCAGACCUGCGGUCUGGAACGAUGCUCCUCUCUGAGCUGUGAAUAUGUUUGCCACCCUUCGCCUCAAGGUGGCGCUUGUCUCUGCCCGGAUGGUUUCAUUGUAGCUAAUGACAGCCGCAGCUGUGUCGACUAUGACGACUGUCAAAUCUGGGGAAUCUGUGAUCAGCUGUGUGAAGAUCGGCCUGGGACCCACCACUGCAGCUGCGCAGAGGGCUACUUUCUGGAGCUGGGGGGAGUCUGCAGAGCAAACGUGUCAUCCGGACUUCCACAGCUGAUUUUCACCAACGGGGGUGACGUGAUGAUGGCCGACAUCCACGGCCGCUUUGUCAGAACGUUGGUGCCGUCGCAGGGGAAAGGCCUGGCUGUGGGCGUGGCCUACAGUUGGCACAGUGAACGGAUCUUCUGGAGCGACACCUACACUAAAAAGGUGUACUCUGCCAACUACAAUGGUGGUGACGUCAAAGAGGUCUUGACAGCCGCCGUGCAGAGUGUGCAGAAUCUGGCCGUGGACUGGAUCAACUUCAAACUCUAUGUAUUGGAAGCGAUGGUCGAGCGAAUUGACGCGUGUGAAUUCAACGGAGAUAACAGAGUCACACUGGUGGCUGAAAAUCUGCAGACCCCUCACGGCUUGGCUCUGGACCCUACUGUGGGCUACAUGUUUUUCACGGACAUGGGAGUGUCCAAUCAACAGGUGAAGCUCGAGCGUGCCUUUAUGGAUGGCAGCAACCGCCUGGAGCUGAUCAAAGGUAGGCUGGGAACGCCCACCGGAAUCAGCUUGGAUCUUGUCACCAAAAGGGUCUACUGGUCCGACAGCCACUUCGACACUGUGGAGACAGUCACCUACGACGGCUUGGACAGAAAAAUUGUGCUCAAUGGUGCAACACAGUCCCCACAUCCUUUUGGAGUUGCAGUGUUUGAGAAUCAUGUGUUUUUUACUGACUGGUCAAAAAUGGGUGUAAUAAGAACAAAUCGAUUCAACGGAAGCAGUCCUGCACUCAUUUAUCGCACCGGCAAACGCCCAGGCCAUGUUGUGGUCUCUCAUUCAGUCCUGCAACCUUUUGUGAUGAACCCAUGUGGAAGACACAAUGGCAGAUGUCAACACAUUUGCCUUCUUAGUCACCGCACGGACAAUGACGGACUAGGUUUUCGCUGCAAGUGUCGCCACGGUUACGACCUGCAGCCGGAUCGCCGCACCUGUUUUAAAGUGAAAGACUUUUUGUUGAUGGCCACAUCGCUGGCCGUGCGGGGGAUCCCACUGAACCUGUCCCUGCAGGAGGACAUCACUCUGCCUUUAAUUGGACUCGGAACAUCAUUCUCUGGGUCUGCUGUAGAAUAUGACGGUAAAGAGGAAUCCAUUUUCUACAAUGACAGGUCAAGAGGUCUCAUCUACAAGUCUAACCUAAACGGAACAGAGCAACAGAUUUUGACAGGUUACAGGAUUUCAACAGUCGACGCCAUGGCCUAUGACUGGACCUCAAAGGUUUUGUUCUGGACCUCCAGCAGCUACAGGAUAGUUGCAGCGUUCCGGACAGUGGAUAAAUCCAGACGGGACAUAGUGACAGGAGUGAGGAACCCUAAAGGCAUCGCAGUGCAUCCAGCCGCAGGAUACCUGUUCUGGUCUGACUUGUACCGCCCCGCUGUCAUAAUGAAAGCUUACACUGAUGGUAGCAAUGCAGUUCCUCUGGUUAACACAACUCUUGGAUUGCCGUAUGGUCUUGCUCUUGAUUUGGUUUCCAACCGCCUGUACUGGACAGAUUAUCUUUUGGAUCAGAUCGGCAGUAUUAAUAUCGCAGGAUCAGACAGGCAGACGUUCAGCAGUCUUGGACAAAUCACACAGCCGUACUCUCUCACAGUUUACUCCGAUUAUUUAUAUGUUUCGGAUACAAGGACCAGGGCGAUAUUUGAGAUGCGAAAAAGAGACGGAGGUGGAAAUAUUAUGUUUCGACAAGGAAUAAACAGUAUUAUUAACAUCAAGGCCUACACAGCUGACCUUCAGGGCAUGUAUAACAGCCAGUGCAACCUGGUCCCCAACGGACGCUGCAGCCAUUUCUGUUUCCCAACUCCCUCGUACGGCCGUGUGUGCGGCUGCCCGUUCGGGAUGAAGCUCCAGGUGAAUCAGAGAGACUGUAUCAAGGACGACUCCGUGGCUCCUCCGGACAACAUCUGCGGCGAUUACGCUUUUGAAUGUGACGAGGGCCGCUGCCGACCAAACUCUUACCGCUGUGACGGAUACUUGGACUGUGUGGAUAAAACUGAUGAGGCGAACUGCACCAACACUGGUGCUACGUGCUCGCCGCAGGCGUUCACUUGCAACAACAAACACUGCAUCUUACAGAGCUGGCGCUGUGACGAUCAGGACGACUGCGGAGAUGGAUCUGACGAAGUGAACUGUCCCACCAGCAUUCCGACCACCUGCUCCUCCGAGUUUUUCACCUGCGACAACUUCAGGUGUAUUUCCAAAAAGUGGCUCUGCGACGGCGACAACGACUGCGGUGACGGCUCCGAUGAACACAACUGCAAUUCGACCAUCACGACUUGCCCACCGUCCUAUUUCCUUUGUCCCGACCACCGCUGCAUCAGUGACUUCCUGGUUUGUGAUGGAGACCAAGACUGUUUAGACGGCUCUGAUGAGAAGGACUGCGAGUAUUCUUGUGCCUCCUAUGAAUUCGCCUGCGCUAGUGAAGACCAGUGCAUCAGUAACAACUAUCGCUGUGAUGGAGUGUUUGAUUGUCGAGACCACUCUGAUGAACGAGACUGCCCCACGCUGAGUCCAGGCUUGUGCAGUGACGAUGAGUUCCAGUGUCAAACAGACGGCUUCUGUAUCCCAAAGACGUGGGAGUGCGAUGGGCACGCCGACUGCGAGGACGGCUCCGACGAACACCACUCCUGUCCGCCCAUCACCUGUGGAUCCUUCUACUUUCAGUGCAACAACAAGGUUUGCAUCCCGCAGGGCUGGGUCUGUGACGGGGAGAACGACUGUCGAGACAUGAGCGACGAGCAGAACUGCCCCACGCCGCCCUUCAGCUGCCCUUCAGGCCAGUGGCUCUGCCCCACGGAUAUGGUCUGCAUCAACAUCAACAAAGUGUGUGACGGUCAGAGGGACUGUCCCAACGGAGCGGACGAAUCUCCCUUGUGUAACGAAAAUGACUGCCAGUUGAACAAUGGUGGCUGCAGUGAUGGUUGUAUCCAGGGUCCGUUCGGAGCCCAGUGCACCUGUCAACCAGGUUUCCAACUUCUCAACGACUCCAAGACGUGUGACGACAUCAACGAGUGCCUCAUCCCAGGGUUCUGUAGCCAGGGUUGUUACAAUGAACGAGGCAGCUUCAGAUGCUACUGCUCCGAGGGCUACUUCCUGGAGCCGGACGGUCGCACAUGCAAAGCUGGAGAUCCAAUGGCUGCUGUACUUUUGGUUACCAAACGAAGUCAGAUCGUUGCAAACUUUAUUGAGAUGAGGCCGCCUCUUAUAAGACCUGUGAUCAGUGGUUCAGGUAUCGUCACUGUGGAUUUUGAUCGAGUGACCACACGCAUGUACUAUGCUGAUGCCUCAACAAAGCAGAUUUGGAGUGCUUUCCAAAAUGGCACUGACAAAAAACAGGUGUUCUCUACUGGACUUAUGGUACCAGAGAGUAUUGCUGUGGACUGGGUGGGUCGAAAUCUCUACUGGACAGACUCAGUGAUGGAGAAUAUAGAGGUAUCGACGUUGGACGGUCGUUUCAGAAAAGUUCUUUUGACCAAAAAUAUCACCAGCCCUCGAGGCCUUGUCCUGGACCCUCGCAACCAUACCAACAUUAUGUUUUGGUCCGACUGGGGCAAAAACCCUCGUAUUGAACGGGCUUUCAUGGACGGAUCAGCGAGGAUGGCGAUUCUAACCACUAAAGUUUACUGGCCUAAUGGAUUAGCUCUGGACUACACCACGCGCAGGCUGUACUUCGCAGACGCGUACCUCAAGUACAUCGACUACUGCGACUACGAGGGCAACAACCGACAGCAAGUGAUGGCCAGUGAUGUGGUGUUGCAGCACCCGCACGGGAUGACAAUCUUUGAGGACUAUGUGUACUGGUCUGAGCGUUACACCAGCAAAGUUAUGAGGACCAACAAGUUUCAUGGGGGGAAUGUCACCACAGUGAUCAAUAAUGUCUAUCAGCCGAUGGGAAUGGUUAUGGCACACCCUAUCAAGCAACCACAUGCUGUCAACCCAUGCCACGAACACCUCUGCUCUCAGCUCUGCCUUCUGUCUGGGUUGAGGCCUCGAUAUUACAACUGCCAAUGUCAGUCUGGAUGGAAACUACAGCCAGACAAGCGCACCUGUGUCAAAGAUGACACUCCUUUCCUUAUGGUGGUGAGAGAUUCUGUUAUUUUUGGGAUUCCCCUGGACCCCGCCGAUCCAUCCAACAACGCAAUGGCCCCAGUGUCCGGUGUGAGCCAAGGACGAGACAUAGAGUUUGAUGACCAAGAACAGUUUGUCUAUUGGGUGCAGAAUUCGGGUUCUAUAUGGAGAGUCAAAACAACUGGUACCAACAGGUCUGAGUUUGCACCAGCGGCUUUCCUAGGAACACCCUCAGGACUGGCUUUUGACUGGAUUGGUCGAAUGAUGUUUUAUACAAAUCCAACUGCCAAAACUAUUGAGGUGAUCCGUGUGGAUGGAGAGCAGCACUACAGAAAAACACUUGUGACUUCCACUGGAAAGCCUGAAGGGGUUGGAUCUCCUUUUGGGAUAGUCGUCGAUCCGGCUCGAGGGAAACUGUUUUGGUCCGACACGGGCUCAAACGGAGUCCCUGCUAAAGUUGGAAGUGCUGACAUGGAUGGAUCCAAUCUCAAGAAUCUUUACAGUGAAAAUCUGGCUAACGUCGGGUAUAUUGCUGCUGACAUCUCCACCAGUAAACUCUACUGGGGCAUCGCCGGCACUGGGGUGAUUGAGUGUGGUACAAUGGACGGGCAGAGUCGUGUCAGAGUAGUCAGUGGUCUGUCCAAUCCCUGGGGCCUCACUAUUCACCAAAACUAUCUGUACUACACCGACUUGGACUUGGAGGUCAUUGAAAGAGUGGACAAAGACACUGGGGCCAACAUGGUGGUCAUGAGAAGUGGCAUGUCUGGGCUGCGAGCUCUCAAAGUCCACGCCAGAGACAAAUCAGCCGGAACCAGCAAUGCUUGCAGCACCAACAAUGGUGGUUGCCCUCAGCUUUGUCUGCCCAAACCAGGGACUCUGAAAACUUGUGCCUGCACCACUGGCUUUAACCCUUCACACGACGGCACUCACUGCGAACAGUUUGAAUCAUUCGCUGUAGUUACAAACUCUAAACACAUCCGAGGCUUCCACAUCAAUAGCUCAGAUCACUCAGAAGCAAUGGUCCCUGUCGGCGGACCGUCAUACUCGAUCAAGGACAGGCUGGACGUCCAUAUUGAGUCCGGCUUUGUUUAUUGGACGGAUAACAGCUCCUCAACCACAUACAAGGGAAUCUUCAGGGCCAAAACAGACGGUAGUCAGUACCAAGGCAUUGUUACCUCUGGCAUUGGAAGGAGGGGCAUCCAAGGCAUCGCCGUUGAUUGGAUUGCAGGCAACUUGUACUUCACCAAUGCCUUUUCAAGUGAGACGCUGCUUGAAGUCAUGGCUAUUAACACCAGCUAUCGAAUGAUCCUCCUCAAGUCGUCUGAGGACCAGCCCUGUGACCUGGCAGUGAGCCCCAAGCUCCGCUAUCUCUUCUGGACAGACGCUGGACAAUUCCCCAAAAUAGAGCGGGCUUUUCUGGAUGGCACUAAUCGAACAGUGCUGGCCUCAGAGAGCUUAGCAGCACCUCGAGGGCUAACUGUGGACUACACCAACGACUUCCUGUAUUGGACCGAUGACGUCCUUGAUAUGAUUUCUCGAAUGGCCCCAGAUGGAACUCAGAGGCAGAUCAUCAGAUAUGGGAGCAGACUUCCUGCCCCUACAGCCGUGUCCAUUUUGGGCAACAAUAUGCUGUGGGUCGACAGGAAAUUGGGCAAACUCUUUCAAGCGAGUAAGGAUCCAGCCAACUCUGACCAGCCUGAGGUGAUAAGAGACAGUCUUGCUGGUCUUAUGGACGUGGCUAUUUUUGACGUGCAUGUCCAGCCCAUAGCUGCUCAACAAGUCGCCUUUAACCCCUGUCUCGAAGACAACGGACGCUGUCAGCAGUUCUGCUUCGCUUUGCCCGACCAAGAGAAGCCAAAGUGUGGCUGUGCUCAUGGGUCUCUGCUCAAUAACGGAGUCACGUGCGGCUAUGGCCUCGAUGAAUUCCUCAUCUUCACAACUGAUGUCAGUGUCAACAGUCUCAGGCUCGACCCCCAGGACCACAGCACCCCUUUCCCAACGGUGACUUUGGGCAGCUACAUCAUGGGCACAGAUUAUGAUUUCAAAGAAAAGAGGAUUUUCUACACACAGUACACAGGUUACGGCAGGAGCAGAGUCGGCUACAUCUCUACCUCAUCCAUCAGCAGCCCACCUGUGAUUAUCGCUUCAGACCUGGAUGAUCCCGAGGGCAUUGCUUAUGACUGGAUCAACAAGCGUCUCUAUGUCACUGAUGAUUACAGUCGCCAUGUCCUGUCCAUGGGGCUCGAUGGAAAGAACUACUCAAUUGUCGCCAAUGCAAACCGUCCUCGAGGCAUCAUUGUGGAUCCAUGUUACGGAUACGUUUAUUGGACUGACUGGGGUUACCCGGCCCAGAUUGAGAGAGCCACCUUGGCUGGAAAUUUCCGGAUACCAAUCGUCAACACCAGUCUGUCAAUGCCCAAUGGACUCUCUAUUGAUUAUGAGGAGAGGAUGCUUUACUGGGCCGAUGCCUCACUAGACAAGAUUGAGCGAUCGACUUUGACAGGAGCAAACCGACAAGAAAUCCUGAUGGGAAUCCCGUACCCUUUUGCACUGACUGUUUUCAAACAGGACAUCUUCUGGACUGACUGGACCCAAAGAGGAGUCUUCAGAGCGGGAAAGGAAGACGGCUCAGACUUUGCGGUUCUGGCCCAAGAGCUGCAGUACAGACCUAAUGAUAUCCAUGUGUACGCUCCCUCAAAGCAGGAGAGCUGUAACAACACAUGCACGCAGUUCAACGGGGGCUGUAGCCAUGUAUGUGUGUCCGGACCAUCAGGCCCAGAGUGUCAGUGUCCACACGAGGGUAAAUGGUACUUAGCCAACAACGGGAAAGACUGCAUCAAAGACACAGGGAGUCGCUGUACUCCGGAGCAGUUCACCUGCAUGAACGGGGAGUGCAUCAAUGCGCGAUGGAAGUGUGAUGGCUACAAGGACUGUGACGACGAGUCCGACGAGCUGGAGAGAGUCUGUGCCUUCCACACCUGCUCGGCGAUGGACUUUACCUGUGACAAUGGCCGCUGUGUCCCGCUCAGCUACGUCUGCGAUUACACAAACGACUGUGGAGACAACAGCGACGAGAGAGGGUGUCCUUUCCCCACCUGUAACCCGGCAACCGAGUUCACCUGCACAAACGGCCGCUGCAUCAGCGCCGACAUGGUCUGUGACGGCCGCAACGACUGCAGAGACAACGCCACCUCAGACGAAGUCGACUGCCCUGACCGAACCUGCCCUUCAGGUCAAGUUAAAUGUGAGAAUACCAACAUUUGCAUUUAUCCUGAGUAUUUAUGUGACGGUUACAACCACUGUGGAGACAACAGUGACGAGAAUCCUCUCUUCUGCGCGGGUCGAACAUGCUCUCCAAGUCAAUUCCGCUGUGAUCAAGGGAAGUGCAUUCCUCAGUCUUGGGUCUGUGACGACUUUAAAGACUGUAAAGAUGGGACAGAUGAGCCGCCGUCGUGUCAGGACAUCAUCAGCACAUGCAGCUCGAGCCAGUUCACCUGCACGAGUGGAAACUGCAUCCCUCUGACUCUGGUCUGUGACGGCAACAACGACUGUGGAGACAACAGUGACGAGGCUCCAGAAUUACAGUGUGGUCAGCGCACGUGCAGUUCAAAUCAGUUUACAUGUCCAACCUGGCAUCCCGGCCACCCGCGCUGCGUUCCUUUGUCUUUUGUCUGCGAUGGAGAAAAGGACUGUGCAAACGCGGCGGAUGAGCUUCAAAACUGCCCGAACAGAACUUGUCAUCUGAAUGAGUUCGCCUGCUCCAACGGACGCUGCAUUUUCCUGCCAUACCACUGUGACCGCGUAAACGACUGUGGCGAUGGCAGUGACGAGCUGGGCUGCACCUACGACACCUGCGCCUCAGACCACUUCACCUGCAAAAACGGAGCGUGUGUUUCGAGCACUUACGUCUGUGAUGGCGAGGUGGACUGUCUGGACGGCUCUGACGAGGAGGAGAGUCUGUGUGUGACCCCUCACCCCACCUGCGCCCCCAACCAGUUCCUCUGCAAGAGCGGAGAGUGCAUCGACCUCCACAAGGUCUGCAACGGUCAGAAGGACUGUUCGGACAGCAGUGACGAGAAAGGCUGCGGAAUCAACGAGUGCCGCAGCCCCUCUGUGCAUAAAUGCGCCCAGCUCUGCACGGACACACCCACCGGAUACUUCUGCUCCUGUAACCCGGGCUACAGCCUGAUGCCUGAUGAGAAAGCCUGCGAGGACAUCAACGAGUGUGAGAGCACGCCUUCCGUCUGCAGCCAGCUCUGCGACAACAACGUGGGCUCUUACUUCUGCAGGUGCGCCCCCGGCUACAUAAGAGAGCCGGACGGACGCACCUGCCGCCAGAACAGCGGCCUCAGCCCCUACCUGCUCUACAGCAACCGCUACUACAUCCGCAACCUGACCACCGACGGUUCCCAGCUGAGCAUCGUGCUGCAGGGGCUGUCCCACGCCAUCGCUCUGGACUUCGACCACUCGGAGAAGAGGCUCUACUGGCUGGAUAUCGGAGUUGGGAAGAUUGAGAGAAUGCGCCUGGAUGGGACAGAAAGAGAGACCCUGGCUGACAACAGUAUUUUGGGAGCAGAAGGCAUUGCUGUGGACUGGGUUGGCAGAAAGAUGUAUUGGACAGACAGCUUCUAUGGCUCGCUUCAUGUUAUGGAGCUGGACGGUCGCAACAAGAAAAAACUCAUCACCGGUCACUUCCAAGAGGGAAACACCACCUACACCAUCACUCGGCCUCACGCUGUCGCUGUCAACCCUAAACAUGGGUGGCUGUAUUGGACAGACUGGGCAGACAUUCCGUUUAUUGGCAGAGCUGGAAUGGAUGGAAGCAACAUCAGCGCUAUCAUCAAGACAAAGCUGGAGUGGCCCAAUGCUUUAACUAUCGACUACACCACCAACAAGAUCUUCUUUGCGGAUGCUCAUCUCAGUUAUUUGGACUUUGCGGACAUGGAUGGUAAGAAUCGGCAUCGGGCCAUAGCUGGAUCCCUGCCGCACGUGUUUGCCCUGACCCUGUUUGAGGACUGGGUUUACUGGACGGACUGGAACACUCACACUGUGGAGAAGGCCCACAAAUACACCGGAGCAGAACGCACAAUGAUGAACAACAACACACACCGGCCGUACGACAUCCACGUCUACCAUCCGUACAGACAACCACGGAGUGAAAAUCCUUGCAGCUCUCAUUAUUUGACCUGCAGUCAUCUGUGUCUGAUCAAACCCGGGGGACAAGGAGCCACUUGUGUAUGUCCAGAUCACUUCAUUGGACUCAUGGUGGGCUUUAAAAUCCAGUGUGUCGCGGACUGCUCCAGUACUCAGUUCAGAUGUGGAGACAAUGAAAAGUGUGUGCCCAUCUGGUGGAAGUGUGACGGUCAGUCGGACUGCGGCGACGGCUCAGACGAACCACAGACCUGCCCCCCUCGAUACUGCCCCGUCGGCCAGUUCCAGUGUCAGGACGGGAACUGCACCCACCCCGGCUUCAUCUGCGAUGGCCACUCCGACUGCCCCGACCACUCCGACGAGGACGCGGCCCUGUGCAGUGACCACAGGUGUCAGGACAACCAGUUCCAGUGUAAAAAUAAGCACUGCAUCCCGGUGUCGUGGCACUGCGACGGGCUGAAGGACUGUGCGGACGGCAGCGACGAGGACCCGGACACCUGCUCCCAGCGCACCUGCCAACCGGGACAGUUCCAGUGCGCCAACGGCCUGUGCCUGCCCCAGAACUACGUGUGUGACGCCCAGGACGACUGCGGAGACGGGUCUGACGAGCCCUUUGAGACCUGCAUGGGUCCUGAAUACAAAUGUGAUGAGACGGAGUUUUCCUGUAAGACCAACUACCGCUGUGUUCCUCUGUGGGCGCGCUGCGACGGCACCAACGACUGCAUCGACAACAGCGACGAGCAAGGAUGUGAGGCAGUGACCUGUGAUCCUCUGGGAGAUUUCCGCUGUGAUAAUCACCGCUGCGUUCCCAUUCGCUGGAAAUGUGACGGGAACAACGACUGUGGCGACGGAUCGGAUGAAAGGGACUGCCAACCCCGGCCCUGUUCGGAGAGUGAAUACAAGUGCGACGAUGGCCAGUGCAUUCCCGGCAAAUGGGUGUGUGACCACGACAACGACUGCGGGGACAACUCGGACGAGCGGGACUGCGACCUGUACACGUGUCGCCCCGGCUCUUUCCAGUGCGACUCCGGUCACUGCAUCCCAGAGUCUCUUCUGUGCGACGGCCGCGGUGACUGCACAGACCUGUCGGAUGAAACCAGCUGCCCCACUCGUUACCCAGGAGGCCGCUGGUGUCCGCAGCACCAGUUCGAGUGCACCAACCAUCUGUGCAUCAGCCAGAACUUUGUGUGCGACGGCAGCGACGACUGUGGCGACCGCUCCGAUGAGCAGCUGGUUUUAUGCUUGAACGUCACCUGUGAGAUGCCGAGCAAGUUCCGGUGUGCGAAUGGCUACUGCGUCUACUCCGGACUGCUCUGCAACCAGAAGGACGACUGUGGUGACGGCAGCGAUGAGAAAGAAGAGCUUUGUCGCGAGCCCACGCUGGCCCCCUGCACCUUGGACCAGUUCAAAUGCACCAACGGCCACUGCGUUCCUCUGCCCUAUGUGUGCGACCACAACGACAACUGCGGAGAUCUCACUGAUGAAAUCGGCUGCAACUUCGGCCCCAAUCGCCACUGUGAGGAGAAACUGUGUCAACAAGACUGUAUGAACCUGAACGGGACAGGCUUCAUCUGCUCCUGCCGAUCCGGAUACAAAGUGGACCUCGACAACACACUGAACUGCAUUGACAUAGAUGAAUGCGAGCAGUUUGACAUUUGCCCUCAGAUCUGUAAAAACACAAAAGGCAGCUAUGACUGUGAGUGUGCCUCAGGAUACAGGCGAGUGGGCGACGGGGACAAGUGUGAGGCAGAGGGCCCCACACCGCUGCUGCUUCUGCCAGAAAACAUUCGCAUCCGGAGAUUCAACCUGCAAACUCAGGCCUACCACGACUUCCUGCAGGAGGAGGAGCACAUCAUGGCCUUGGACUACGAUUACGACCACAACAACACCGGAUUCAGUAUGGUCUACUUCACUGUUGCGAGUAAAGACGCAGUAUCCGGGGUCAUCAAGAGAGCGUACAUUCCAUCCAUAGAUGAUGGCAGCAAUAACAUCGGAGCAGCUGUUGCCUUGGACAUCAAAUACAUCACCUCCCCAGAUGGCAUCGCUGUGGACUGGGUCGGCAGAAACCUUUACUGGGCGGACUCCAGAGUGAAAAGACUAGAGGUGGCCAUGUUAGACGGACGAUACAGAAAACAUCUGGUGAAGACUGACCUGGGUCACCCCUCCGCUGUGGCCCUUAACCCCCGUCUGGGGAUGCUGUACUGGGCCGAUCGCGGGACUUCGCCUAAGAUCGAGUGCUCGUGGCUGGACGGUCAACAGAGAAAGGUCCUGGUGGGAGAGCAGCUGGGAUGGCCCACGGGUUUGUCCGUAGACUACGCCAACAACGACCGCAUCUACUGGUCUGACUCCAAAGAGAACCGCAUCGAGUCCGUCCUGCCCUCCGGAGAAGGCCGACGAACCGCCGUCUUCAUCGAUGUCCAGAACCCCCUCAGUGUGAGCGUGUUUGAGGACAGUGUCUAUUGGAGCACGCAGGAGAAAGGCCAGGUCUACAGACAGGACAAGUUUGGGCGCGGCGUGAAGACCAAGCUCUUGACUGCUGGGCCUUGGCUCACUCAGGUGUCGCUGUAUCAGAAGCAGCGAUACAACUCGGUCAACAUGAUUAACCCGUGUAAAGGAACGUGCAGUCACCUGUGCCUGCUCCGUCCUGGAGGCUACAGCUGCGCCUGUCCUGAAGGAACCAGCUUCAUCCAGGGCAGCAGCACAGAGUGUGACACUGGGUUUGAGCCUCCUCCCACGAUGCCGCCUCCCUGUCAGUGUCAAAACGGUGGAACAUGUUACUUUUCUGACAACAAGGCUCUUUGCAGGUGCACUCCCAGUUGGUACGGAGACUUUUGUGAGAAGAGCACGUCUGGUCUUUUGGCUACAUCUGCUGGAAUCGCCAUCGGGGUCACGGUGCUUAUAAUAGUUGUGCUGAUUGGUUUUGUUUACACUGCACGUAAGAAGACUGGCCUCGUCGAAAGGUUACGGGCCAGUCUUCCCAGUAUGCCCUCCAUGCCUUCAAUGCCCUCGAUGCCCUCUAUGCCCUCUGGCCCUGAUCUGUCACGCUUCAGAAAUGGUUUCUCCUCUAACAGCCCGAAGACAGAGAUGAAUCCCACAAGUGUAAAUCCUGCUGCUGAGGUGCCGGUGCCCACUCUGCCGCCAGAGGACAAGAGCUUCGAGAACCCGGCGUAUGUGGCAGAGACACAGCCUUUCUCCUCCAGCGCAGCAGCGUCUAUGUCUCCACCGUCCACCAGUUCAGUCCCAAAAAGUGGGAGUAACCCGUUGUACAUGGAUGAGCUGCAGGUGGUGAGUGAGCCUCCAGAUGUUGCAGCUAACGAGGAGCCUUUGGAAACGGAUACUGAGUUCACGAACGCGGCUGCUCCCAACACUGUGACUUUCAACCCCAUCAGUGAUUUUGACUCUAUGGGUGGCUUCCAGAACCCCAUAUACACUGACAACCGCACCGACUCCGACAUAUGA